AUGGGCCAGGGCUGCGGACACUCCAUUCUCUGCCGGAGCCAGCCGUACCAGGCGGCCGCAUCUGACAUCCGCGGGUUCCUGCGGGCGGGGGACGCCGCUCCCGGCCCCGAGGCGCUACAGGAUGCUCUGCUGAGCCUGGGGGCUGCGCUUGAUGCCACCUCCCUGCGCGAUGCCCUCCGCCAUGCCCUUGUCACCCUGCUGCCCACCGUGGAGCACGUCUACAUCUACCUGCUGGAUGGGGACACACGGCUGCUCUGCGAUGACCCCCCCCACGAGCUGCCGCCCAACGGGAAGCUCAGAGAUGCUGUGCAGAAGCAGAAGCGGCUGGAAUGUGGGGGGCUGCUCCCUGCAGAGCUCCCUGGCCGGCACCUGGGACCCCUGGCAGCGCCCCUGGCCCCUGGCACACAAGUGCUCAUCAUCCCGCUGGUGGACAAGAACAGUGGGGCUGUGGUUUGUGUCAUCCUGGUGCACUGUGGCCAGCUGAGUGACUCAGAUGAGCAGAACCUGCGUGCGCUAGAGAGACACGCCCUGGUGGCAGUCCGGCGCCUGCAAGCCCUGCAGAAGCUGCAGCCCUGGCCCCAGGUCAGCCUCUCCACCAGCUCCUCCCAGACCUCUCUGGCCAAGCCUGAGAAGGCACCUGACAGCAGCUAUAGUGACCUGGACUGCAAGAUCCUACAGCUCUGUGGGGAGCUGUAUGACCUGGAUGCCGCCUCGCUGCAGCUCAAGGUCAUCAACUACCUGAAGCAGGAGACCCAGUCUCUGUGCUGCUGCCUCCUGCUCGUCUCUGAGGACAACCACCAGCUCUUCUGCCAGGUGGUGGGGGACCGUGUCCUGGAUGAGGAGAUCAGCUUUUCACUCACCUUUGGGCGCCUGGGGCAGGUGGUGGAGGACAAGAAGCCCAUCACCCUGAAAGACGUCAGUGAGGAGGAGCACAAGCAGCUGAGCAGCAUGCUGGGCUGCGAGGUCACCUCCAUGCUCUGUGUCCCUGUCAUUAGCCGGGCCACCUCCCAGGUGGUGGCACUGGCCUGCGCCUUCAACAAACUGAGUGGGGAGAGCUUCACAGACACGGACGAGCACAAGAUCCAGCACUGCUUCUGCUACACCUCCACGGUGCUCACGAGCACCCUGGCCUUCCAGAAGGAGCAGAAGCUCAAGUGUGAGUGCCAGGCCCUGCUGCAGGUGGCCAAGAACCUCUUCACCCACUUGGAUGAUGUCUCUGUCCUGCUGCAGGAGAUCAUUACGGAGGCCCGGAACCUCAGCAAUGCUGAGAUAUGCUCUGUGUUCCUGCUGGACCGGCUCAGUCACGAGCUGGUGGCCAAGGUGUUCGAUGGUGGAGUGGUGGAUGACGAGAGCUACGAGAUCCGCAUCCCAGCAGACCAGGGCAUCGCUGGGCACGUGGCCACCACGGGCAAGAUCCUGAACAUCAAGGAUGCCUACUCACACCCGCUCUUCUACCGCGGGGUGGAUGACAGCACCGGCUUCCGCACCCGCAACAUCCUCUGUUUCCCCAUCAAGAAUGAGAGCCAGGAGGUCAUUGGGGUGGCAGAGCUGGUCAACAAGAUCAAUGGCCCUUGGUUCAGCAAGUUCGAUGAGGACCUGGCCACUGCCUUCUCCAUCUACUGCGGCAUCAGCAUCGCCCAUUCCCUGCUGUACAAGAAGGUGAAUGAGGCACAGUACCGAAGCCACCUGGCCAAUGAGAUGAUGAUGUACCACAUGAAGGUGUCUGAUGAUGAGUACACCAAACUGCUGAGCGAGGGCAUCCAGCCUGUGUCCACCAUUGACCCCAACUUUGCCAGCUUCACCUACACACCACGCUCACUGCCUGAGGACGACACCUCCAUGGCCAUCCUGAGCAUGCUGCAAGACAUGAAUUUCAUCAACAACUACAAGAUGGACCGUCAGACACUCACCAGGUUCUGCCUGAUGGUAAAGAAGGGGUACCGUGACCCCCCCUACCACAACUGGAUGCACGCCUUCUCCGUCUCCCACUUCUGCUACCUGCUCUACAAGAACCUGGAGCUCGUUAACUACCUGGAAGACAUCGAGAUCUUUGCCCUCUUCAUCUCCUGCAUGUGCCAUGACCUGGACCACAGAGGAACAAAUAACUCCUUCCAGGUGGCCUCGAAAUCGGUCCUGGCCGCGCUCUACAGUUCAGAGGGCUCUGUCAUGGAGAGGCAUCACUUUGCCCAAGCCAUUGCUAUCCUCAACAGCCAAGGCUGCAACAUCUUUGACCACUUCUCCAGAAAGGACUACCAGCGCAUGCUGGACUUGAUGCGGGACAUCAUCCUGGCCACCGACCUGGCCCACCACCUCCGCAUCUUCAAGGAUCUCCAGAAAAUGGCAGAAGUGGGAUAUGACCCCAAGAACAAGCAGCACCGCAGCCUGCUGCUCUGCCUGCUCAUGACCUCCUGUGACCUGUCUGACCAGACCAAGGGCUGGAAGACCACCAGGAAGAUUGCAGAGCUGAUCUACAAGGAGUUCUUCUCCCAGGGUGACCUGGAGAAAGCCAUGGGGAACAGCCCACUGGAGAUGAUGGACCGGGAGAAGGCCUACAUCCCCGAGCUCCAGAUCAGCUUCAUGGAGCACAUUGCCAUGCCCAUCUACAAAUUGCUGCAGGAUCUCUUCCCCAAGGCAGCGGAGCUCUACGAGCGGGUGGCCAGCAACCGGGAGCAGUGGACCAAGGUCUCCCACAAAUUCACCAUCCGGGGGUUGCCCAGUAACAACUCCCUGGACUUUCUGGAUGAGGAAUAUGACCCACAGGCCCCUGACCCCCAGCUCAAUGGCUGCCUGGAACCUGAGGUGGGGCAGCCCGCCGAGGCUGGGGCUGAGUGAAGAAGGCGACGGGGGGCCACAGCCAUGGCUGGGCUGGGAGCAUCCCCAAGCCUCAUCCCCCAGCUCCUGGGGAGGAGGUUUGGGGGGAUAUCAGUGAAUCUGGACUACCACAGCAAGGGCUGUGUGCUGCCAGCAGCCGCCACUGGUCCUUCCCCACCACUGAGUGACUAUCUCCUCCCUCCGGGGCGGGUGUUCAGGUGUCCCGUCCACCUGGUAGUCCAUGGGACACUGCCUUGGUGGCUGGGAGCACCAAGGGACCCAGUGGGGCUGGGGGAUGGAUGUGCUUUAAGCUGCCUUAAGACUGCAGGUCCUGUCCCCAUGGGGUGACAAUAAGUACGAUGUCCUUGUUGGAAGCACCCAUAGAGGGCUGGGUCACCAUGACAUGGGUGUGCAUGGGUCAGCAGGACAG